CCUGGUGGCGCUGAAAGGAAAGACAUGUUGAAGUCUGGCUCUCGGAACAAGAGGGAUUCGAGGGUAUUAAUAACCGACGAGAGACGAUACUACACGAUAAAUUUUGUGACUAUGUUGAAAUCGUUAAGUAAAGCAGCAUCCGCUGACUGAACUGAGUGGCUCGUUCCAAAGCAGGCGGAAGAGAAGGUCGGAGCGGACAAUGGAUUUUACUUUGGAAAGGAUGCUGUUGGCAUUCGUUCUCUUCAGGGAGUUUGAACUGGGCAUAGGGUCUUUCUCCCAGUCCUAUGGGAAAUUGAAUGGAGACGUCUUGUUGCCCUGCACCUUUACAGUUUCAGCCAACCUCGAUAUGUACAACCUGGUUGUCACGUGGCAGCGGACAGACAGUCUGGCUGUGGUUUACAGCUUCUACUCUGGAUUGGAACAUCCAGAGCAUCAAGCUGCAGAGUUCAGAGGUCGCACUCAGCUGUUUCACCAGGAAUUCCUCAAAGGGAAUGCGAACCUAAAAUUGGAAAACGUGACAUUAUUCGACGUGGGUAACUACACCUGCUUCGUAUUUGAAGAAGGGUCUGAGCACAUUGAGAACAUUGUGGAAUUAAGAUUGAUUGAUACAUCAUGGAUUGAUGCCGCUGAUCCAGCUUCAGAUAGACAACGUUAUGGACUUCAACCUGCAUUGCCGUUUGUUUUACUUACAGCUGUAAUUUUACUUUUCAAAAUCAGAUCAAAGAAGCAAGGAGAUCCUGAAAAGGUUUGUUUACUGGAAGAAGACACAAAAGCUGCGAUACAGAAUUACAAGGAAUACAUCUUGAGCGACCAAGCACGUUCAUUUUGCACAGUAAUGCGAAAAAGAUUCAUGAACAACAACUCAUUUGCCGGAUCCAUUAAUACCAUCACUGUAGAGGAACAGGACCCAGAUGGUGAACUUAUCAGAGCAUGGGAGUUGAAUACUGCAAAAGAAAUGGAAGUUUCGCAACUGCUGUCUUUACUUCAGAAGGAAAAGUCAUCGAAGAGAGUCCUGCUAGUGGGUGACACAGGAGUCGGAAAAAGUUGGGCUGUGGACAGCAUGGAGCAAGACUGGGCAUCUCAUCCGAGCCCUGGGUUGUAUUGUGUCAUUGUUCUCAAGUUCUCUGACUUAAAUAGGGUUCAAGGAAAGACCACUCUCCGGGAGCUUCUGAAGAACCAGUGCAAGCCUUUGUCAUCAGUCCUAACACAGGUCCUCCAAAACCCUCAAGAUGUGUUGAUCAUUUUGGAUGGACUUGAUGAAUUUGGCUUUCAGCUGCAAUGCGAUCCUUUGGGUUCUGAUCUGAACCUGGACAGUGUGGCUGAAGUAAGUGUUCUUGUUUCCAAACUAAUAUCCGGGCAUCUCCUUCGAGACGCAAAGGUGCUGGUUACCUCCCGAUGGAAUACAAAGCAGUUAGAAGUUAACAAGAAGCAUUUUGAUCAGCGUUUUAUUAUCACUGGCUUUUCCAAUGAUGGGUUGAAAAGAUAUUGUGAUAUGUUUUAUGGGGAAAAGGAGAAGGCAGCAAUAAUGUACCGAUGCAUUACAGAGAAUGAGACCAUCAAAUGCCUGGCUUCGAAUCCCCUCAACAGCUACAUUCUAUGCACCAUUUUGGACAGAUGUUUCCACUGCCGUGAUGUAACGGCAGAUUCACCAAUGACGAACAGUAAAGUUUUUAAAUUGUUGCUUUGCUGUAUGAUUAACUGUAAAACCAAUGAUAUUGGUGAGACUGACCUUGAGUAUAAAUCGUUUAAAGACACCAUCCUGAAGGUAGGGCAACUGUCCUUUAACAAUCUGCUUUCAGCAAAAGUUGAAAUGAAUGCAGUUGAUCUGAAAACCUACAGAAUAGACCAAUCUCUGCUUUCAAAGUACCUCUCAAAUCUUGUCCUGGAAAAGGAAUGUAAUGGUGAAAGUUCUUUUCAGUUCCAUCACGUAGUGCUGAAGGAACAAUUUGCGGCUUUGUAUUGUGCAACCGUACUGGAUAACGAUCCCGUAGAGUUGGUCAAAUGUCUGGAUCUUUGGUGCUUUGGGAAGAGGCCACAAAAUCAAUUGAGUCAACUUUAUCUGCAGUCAUUCCGCCCCGAACACACCGAAAAGCUGUACAAUUUUACCAGGUUUCUCAUGGGCUCCUUAACAGCAAGAAGCGAAGGCAAGUUGUGGAACAAUACAGUUUCUCUCACUCCUUCUGUGGCCAGGGCUCUCAGGACGUGGUUUAAAACCAGCCUUCAGCGAGAUAUUAACAAGGCAGAAUUGCUGAAUUUAAUGCAUUGUCUAUUUGAAUUGCAAGAUCCGUGCAUCACAACUGAUGUGUCUCCAUACAUGAAAAGUAUAGAUUUUUUCAAUAUGUCUUUGAGCCCGCCGGACCUGUCUGCUUUACGUUACUGCUUGAAACACUGUGCAGUGGAAAAGUUGGAUCUGAGGCUCUGUAAUAUCGGUGAUGAAGGGAUAAAGCAGCUGAUGGAUGUGCUUUCCAAAUGCAAAACACUUUUGAUAAGCUCCAACAAACUGACCGAGGAGUCAGCAGAGAUUUUGAGUGGUAUCCUUCAAGACCCAAAAUGCAGAAUAGAGAUGCUAUCGAGUGGUACAAACCAUUUUGGUUCCACAGGAGCUGGGUUUUUGUGGAAAGCUCUGGCAGGAAACAAGAGUCUCAAAGUGCUUCGUUUGUAUGACAAUGGGAUCACAGACGAUGGCACAAAGGACAUGACCCAGUACCUGAGACUGAACACAACUCUCCAGAAACUCUUUGUAUGUGCAAACAACUUCAGUGAUGUUGCACUGAGAAACAUUGCACAGGUUGAGGAGUCAUGUUGUGGGCUUCAAGUCAUCACUAAAAUCAAAGAUGAUGAAGAACUCUUUCUCCGAGUUGAAACGCAAGUCGAAGAACUGCUCUCUUCCUAUCUGAAAUAUGACAAGGAAUGGCUUCAGAAAAUACUGACUACGAUUUUAAAAGACCUGGAGGAUGACAGCUGCGUACCUGACCAAAGUACCUGUGCUAGGGUGACAAAGGUGAAAGCAAAUAUCAACAAGCUUCUUCAGAAGAGCAAGGAUACAAGGAUUAAUGUUCCGCCCUGAAAAUAGGGUGCGGCUCAUGACCACUUCAUCCCUUCUUUCGCAGUAUACCAUAUAAUCACCAUUGUUUUUUCCUGGCACUCUUGUUGAUUAUCAACUACUGUUUAAAGGUACUGUUUAAGAUGAUGCCAAGCUUUGAGUUCUUGAGCUUAUGACUCAGGUUUAGUUUUUUGUGCUUUGGUGGAGUUUGUUGGAAACCAUUGUUUUUUUAAAAUAACAAGCCCCUUCUCCUGUCAGUAGGAACAGUUCCGCCGGGCUUAACAGCUAAGCCUUUGUCAGAGGCUAUUUGAGGUGCACGCCAUACCUCCACCCCCCCCCCCCCCCCCCAACUGGCUUUCACAACCGUGAUAUUUCAGUGAAAUCUACUCCUGGGCUUUUCCUUUUCCUGUGCUGAAGAAGGGUUUUAGCCCAAAACAUAGACUGCACUUUUUUUAUAAUAUACAUGUUUGUAAUAUACAUAAGUGAUCUGGAUGAUGGGGUGGUAAAUUGGAUUAGUAAGUAUGCCGAUGAUACUAAGGUAGGAGGUGUUGUGGAUAAUGAGGUGGGUUUUCAAAGCUUGCAGGGAGAUUUAUGCUGGUUAGAAGAAUGGGCUGAACGUUGACAGAUGGAGUUUAAUGCUGAGAAGUGUGAGGUUCUACAUUUUGGCAGGAAUAAUCCAAAUAGAACAUACAGAGUAAAUGGUAGGGCAUUGAGGAAUGCAGAGGAACAGAGAGAUCUAGGAAUAACUGUGCAUAGUUCCCUGAAAGUGGAGUCUCAUGUAGAUAGGGUGGUGAAGAGGGCUUUUGGAACACUGGCCUUUAUAAAUCAAAGCAUUGAGUACAGAAGUUGGGAUGUAAUGCUAAAGUUGUACAAGGCAUUGGUAAGGCCAAAUUUGGAAUAUUGUGUGCAGUUCUGGUCACCGAAUUAUAGGAAAGAUAUCAAUAAAUUAGAGAGAGUGCAGAGACGAUUUACUAGGAUGUUACCUGGGUUUCAGUAAUUAAGUUACAGAGAAAGGUUGAACAAGUUAGGUCUCUAUUCAUUGGAGCAUAGAAGGUUGAGGGGGGAUUUGAUCGAGGUAUUUAAAAUUUUGAGAGGGAUAGAUAGAGUUGACGUGAACAGGCUGUUUCCAUUGACAGUAGGGGAGAGUCAAACGAGAGGACAUGAUUUGAGAGUUAGGGGGCAGAAGUUUAAGGGAAACACGAGGGGGGUAUUUCUUUACUCAGAGAGUGAUAGCUGUGUGGAAUGAGCUUCCUGUAGAAGUAGUAGAGGCCUGUUCAGUUGUGUCAUUUAAGGUAAAAUUGGAUAGGUAUAUGGACAGGAAAGGAGUGGAGGGUUAUGGGCUGAGUGCGGGUAGGUGGGACUAGGUGAGAUUAAGGGUUCGGCACGGACUAGGAGGGCUAAGAUGUCCUGUUUCCGUGCUGUGAUUGUUAUAUGUUGCCGGACAGAAACCGCUGAGUUCCUCUAGCAUUUUGUAUGCGUUAUGAGAGUUGUAUUGUACAAAGAACUUUUGCAAUAAAUUGAACAUUUUAUAACUGAGAUCAUUGUGCUAGCACUGAUUCUAGUCCUUUACACAGGCUAAGGGUGGAUGGAUGAGCUAGAGAUCAACUCUUUGUCUUGCUAAUGGGGGGUUGGUUUUGCCUGCUACUCCCCAUGAUAUUCAGCUAACAUAGAUUCUUUUGGGGCACUGGAUGGAGUAGGUCGUAUUUUGGCUUUGCUCAGUUCAUUUUCCAAUUUUUUUCCCAUCCUUUCACUAUUUAUAUUAAAACGUUUGUAACACUU